AUGCCAAAGAAGCAACAACUCUCCAAGAAGAACAAAAAGCUCCCCACCAUAACGACACGUGAUUCCGAUGAUAACGAUGGAGCAGAAAUCCAUCAAGAUAUUCCAACUAAUAAUAACCAUACAAAAACUCACAAACAUGUCGUUGAUCAUGUGAGUGCCAAUUCGGAGACCACUGACAAAUCAUCAAAAACUAUUGAAAAUAUCGAAGAAUUAAAAAAGAGAAAAAGACUCUCAGAGGAUAAGAAUGAAGAAACUAACGAAUUGAAAAAAGUCAAAUUCGAAGAGUCUGAAGAAGACGAGGACAACCAUAGUGAUGAAAAUGAUGAUGAAGCGAUCAUUGAAGCAUCACAACAUGAACCACCACAAAAUAGACAACCGGGACUCACUGAUGAAGAUACCAAAAAGGAAUUAUCUAAAAUUAUUACUGAAAUUUUGAAUAGACAAGUUACAAGAGACAAAUCUCCUCAUUUAACAACUGAAUUACCUUUAUUAAUUAAUUCAAAGGCAAAAACUUAUCAACGAUUCAUGGAGUUCAUGCAAGAAGAAAGACAACAAAAAUCAACUGAAAAGCAAAGGAGGAAGUUAUUGUCAAGAAAUUAUCAACCACCAUUGUUGUCAGAUUGGGAAAAGGAAAAAUCUCUUUCAAAUGUUGCCACACAAGGUAUUGUUAAAUUAUUGAAUGCUGUACUUCAAAAAAAGAGAGAAUCCAUUGCAACGAUGACCAAUAAUGGUGUGUAA